AUGGAUUCACUUCAGACUGGACAGAUGCUGAGCUUGCCCGCCGAGCUCGGCGGCAACAACUUAGAACAGGCGGAGCCGGCGGCAUCCGCGGCCCGCGGCGACAUGGGCCCCCAGCCCGAGGCGGCUACAGAAGGCUCCGUACCUUUAGCCACUCGGGAGCCGGAGCCGGGGCCGGAGGAGCAGCCUCCGAGUCCCUCGACGCCCGAGUGCAAAGUCCUGCUCCAGCAGGCUGACGCCCUGGCGUCUGGGGGGCGCCUCCGGGAAGCCUUCGAGGUGUACAGACAGCUCUCCGAGCGGCAGCAGCUGGUGGCCGAGCAGCUGGAACAACUGGUACGCUGCCUGGCCCAGAACGUCCCGCAAGGCGAGGCGCUGCCGCCGGCGCCCCCGGACAGGAGCGGUGCGGCGAGCCGUGAGGCGGCGGCGGAAGAGGCAGGGGCGCCAACGGCCGCCACGGCCACCGAGGUGUGGGACGGCUUCAAGUGCCGGAAGUGCCAUGGGUUUCUGUCAGACCCCGUGUCCUUGUCGUGCGGCCACACCUUCUGUAAACUGUGCCUGGAACGCGGCCGGGCAGCCGACCGGCGCUGCGCCCUGUGCGGGGUCAAGCUCUCGGCGUUGAUGGUGGCCGCCGGGAGGGCGCGCGCGGUCCUGCGAGUCGGGCAGCAGGCGGCGGCGGCGGCCACGCCACUGCCGCCGCCGCCCCCGCCGCCGCCGCCGCUGCGGGUCAACGUGGUGCUCAGCGGCCUCCUGGGCAAGUUGUUCCCCGGCCCCGCACGGGCGUCGCAACUCCGGCACGAGGGCAACCGGCUGUACCGCGAGCGCCAGGUGGAGGCGGCGUUGCUCAAGUACAACGAGGCGGUUCGCCUAGCUCCAAAUGACCACUUGCUUUAUAGCAACCGGUCUCAAAUUUAUUUCACCUUGGAGUCUCAUGAGGACGCACUGCAUGAUGCAGAAAUAGCAUGUAAGCUCCGCCCAAUGGGUUUUAAGGCACACUUCAGAAAAGCACAAGCCUUAGCCACCUUAGGCAAGGUGGAGGAAGCACUAAGGGAGUUUCUAUAUUGUGUGUCCCUCGAUGGAAAGAACAAAAGAGCAAGAUCUGAAGCCCAGAGGGAAAAGCCGGAGCUCCCACACUGUUCUAGUCAGGAGGAAGCGGCGGCGGGGGGAGACCGCAGCAGCCUGGCAAACCCAGUUAAAGUAGAGGGGGAGGGGCAGCGAGGCGACCAGAAAGGCCAGGCAAGAGACAAGGAGGAGAAGGGGGACGCUGCCUCCGCCAAGGCUGGCAAAUGCCAAGAAAAGAAAAGGAAGCAUUGUCAAAUUGGAACCCAAGACCCAGAGGUGCCUACUAAAGCCUUGAAGCCAGACCCUCCGGCUGAGCAGCGGGCCGAGGCUGCCGUCAAUGCUCCACUGCCAUCCUCUGUGGACGCGUCUGACCUCGAAUGCGCCCUAUGUAUGAGAUUAUUCUAUGAGCCAGUCACCACACCUUGUGGGCAUACAUUUUGUUUAAAAUGCCUUGAAAGAUGCCUGGAUCACAAUGCAAAGUGUCCAUUGUGCAAAGAUGGUCUUGCACAGUGCUUGGCAUCCAGAAAAUAUAGCAAAAAUGUCAUAAUGGAAGAGCUAAUAGCUAAAUUCCUUCCAGAAGAACUCAAGGAACGAAAGCGGCUUUAUGAAGAAGAAAUGGAAGAACUUUCUAACUUAAAUAAGAACGUGCCUAUUUUCGUGUGUACUAUGGCCUAUCCCACCGUUCCUUGUCCCCUGCACAUCUUUGAGCCUUGUUACCGUCUGAUGAUUCGUAGAUGCAUUGAGACAGGCACAAGGCAGUUUGGCAUGUGCCUUGGAGAUCCUGUCAAAGGGUUCGCGGAAUACGGCUGCAUCCUGGAGAUCAGAAAUGUUCAAUUCUUUUCUGAUGGCCGCUCGGUGGUGGACAGCAUAGGCAAGAGGCGCUUUAAGGUCCUCCAUCAGGGCCAGCGAGAUGGUUACAAUACAGCCGACAUUGAAUACAUUGAAGACCAAAAGGUUCAAGGAGACGAUUAUGCUGAGCUCAUGGGAUUACAUAAUUGUGUCUAUGAGCAAGCAUCAUCAUGGUUUCAUUCGCUCAAAUCAUCUCUGAAGAAUCGGAUACUCAGUCACUUUGGUCCAAUGCCAGAGAAAGAUGCUGAUCCCCAGGUUAACCCAAAUGGUCCAGCCUGGUGCUGGUGGACGUUAGCGGUUCUUCCAUUGGAAAGCCGAGCUCAGCUCCCAUUCCUAGCAAUGAGGUCCUUAAAGGAUAGACUGAACGGUAUUCGGCGAAUCCUGGCCUUUAUAUCCCGAACCCAAAACUAGUGAGAGUGGAUUG